AUGGCAACCCCAUCGUCCAAGCAAAACCCCGGUGCAACACCGACUCAUUUGACGUCUUCUCCACGCCCAUCUGGACCUAUGACUCGACCGAUAUCGCAGAAAUCGCCAUCAACAAGGACCCCGUCAGCUUCGGGACACGCUCAUGGUCUUCAACCUACUUCGGCGCAUCAGCAUGCCACGCCUCUUGCUGCGACCACUGGGGCUGAUGAUCCCGUCGCUCUCAGCUCUCCGGCGGCUCUUCUCGCACUCGGUGGCUACGGUGGGAUCAGCCCGUCUCCCGCGAUCCAUGACGCUUUAGUAGCACCUGGUAUGCAUGACAAUGACAUCCAGGCGCUAGGAAUGCAAGGUCUGAAACUUGGAAGUGCGCGAGAUAGUGAUGAGGAGCGGAGGAGACAUAUUGACGAUGUCGUCCAGCUUUUACGGGCGAGAGUUGCGGGAAGAGGGGUGUGCAGAGAGGGCAUUGAGCGACUGGGUGACCUCGAAGGCUUUGAGUCGAUCUGGCAGGGGGAUAGCCUUAAUAUUGCGGGGAACUUUGUAGAUCUCGAGAUUGAUUUCUACCGUGCGCAGAAUGCCGUGAAGGAUGUCAGCUUGAAUAUCGCAACCCCAGAAGCCACGGACGGUGAACGCCGGGAGGCUACGGCGGUUUUGAAGCGAGACUUGAUAGAAACGCCUGAAGAUGCCAGGCGGGGCUCUUGGAAGACUUUGAAUAACUUCCACGAGAAUCUACAAUGGCUUGCCAAGCAUGACAGACUGAGUCAAGAGGUUAACUGCUUUGAGGCUAUUGAAGGUCUCUAUGAAAGUCUGAAACGCGUGUGGGAUGAGGAGGGAAACCAUCGCAAGUUUUCCGGUGUCCAUGAUCACCUCUGCAGUGGUUGGGUUGGCAAGCCCUGUCUACACCAAGGAGGCCGGGUCGGACUCAGCUUAGAUUACUGGGUACAUCAAGCGCGGGUCCUGGAUGCUAAGCAAAAGAAGGUUUCCCCUGAUGAUAUGGUUAUAGACCAACCGUCUGCUUCAUCGGUGGGUGAUGAACCAGGGAACUACAACGGUAAAUGGAAAAUCAUCAUUGAAUGUGAAGAGGGAUAUCCGUCGCUUCGUGUGUCUAAAGAAUGGGUGAACUCGGAGGUCUUUACUGUCGUCAACAACACGAACGAGCCAUCAUCAUCCAACGGGAUCGGAGGAUCUGAUGUUGCGGUUGUGAACUGGUCCGAUCCACCGGCGACUCUUCCCCCUCAAGGCCAACAAGGCGCGAUGGCACUCAAUUCAGGUAUGAUCGGUCCCGCACCGAAUCGGCGGUUUGUCGCUAGAAUGGAACCACCACUCGAACUGCCAACUUUGGCAGCUUCAGACAUCUACAGACACCUAGGCAUUCAGAUUCAGCAAGAGUUCAAGAUGGUGACCUACGAUGGGCUCUUAGCACCGGGCUGGUCACCCUUAGCAGCCGCAGGCGCUAUGGGUCUCGGGCCGGAGGAAGCAUCUCAACUGGGUCGGAGGAGGCGCAGAAUGGCUGUCCAGACUGUUGAUCAGGAUGGCAAGCCCUGCACCAAGCAACACAGCUACACUUUUCAGCCUUUUGAAUCUGUGGCUGGGCGAACGAUGCGUGACAUUCCCUUUGCGCACCCACGGCAGCUCGCAGAUAUUCUUCCGACUCUGCGACAAUAUGCGUUCUUGGCAAACAUGAUCCGUAAUAUCUUUAGUCCUCCAUCUAAAAGCAUCGACAACAAUGAUGUCCCUACCGAUACACCGAAGAGCACAACUAGUCAGCUGAAGUUUAGCGAACCGGGAAAACCAAAGAAAAAUAUGAUUGUCUUGAGCAACGACAAUCCUAAUGAGAAAAAGCUUGACCGGUUGUUGAAGGGAUUUGGAACCACGGAGGAUGGGCUCAACGAGAAAGGGAAAUCUGCCGGUGUCGACGACGAUGCCAACGAGGUUAAAGUAGAUGUUACAUUGCGGACCCAGCUCGGUCAAGCGCCGGUAAUUAUGUUGCUUUUCACGGUCAACGAUCCAGCCAAGGAAGAAACCGUACUGAAUAAGGCCUCCGUUAGCCUGGAAGUUGGAUUGAACGGCCGCGUUUCGGUCGUAGAUAUGAUCGGCUUACUCGAUGAGCCUGGCGACACGGAGGAGCCAAUGAGCGAGGGCCAGAAGAGCGAAGUAAUCGCGUUACAAAACCAGAUCGCCCGGGUGCUGGAGAUAUCCCAAGACAUCGGGACGCUGGUUGAAUGGAUCCUCCGAUGGGUGCAACAGCGUAAGGGCCGUUGA